AUGCCCCAAGCCUUCAUCCCGGAGUUGGCUUGGUUUAAAGUGAUGUUAUACGUGGCAACCCAAUCUUCGGAAGAUCUCUUCCGUAUGGCAUCUGUGUGCCCAUUAUUCCGGACGUUGGCAAACACUCCACAAGUGUGGAACAUCAUUUCAAUGGCUAAGUACCCAGACCAUCCUAGCUGGUACCAUGCUAAUCCUGCGGUCCAGCUUUUCUUGCAACAAUGCAGAGCUUGCGAGAACCCUGAGUCGAUAUUUAGAGAGGCGUUCGAAGUGUUUUUCAUGCAGGGUAACGUGGAAGCGUUGUAUGGGAUGCGCAUCGCAGCAACGGCAGGCCAUAUGGAAGCGGCAUAUAUAGUUGGACUUCUUGGCAUGUCUGGAAUUGGUCAGUCAAAAGAGGACGCAUUAGAAUUUUUGUGUUCUUUGAAUCAACGUAACAACAUUGAUAUGAAAGGAACCAGGGAUGCUUUGAGACGAAGAUUAAGCCGAGUUUGGAAUGUUGCAUGA